AUGACUAAAAGAAAGAGACAAAAUAAAUCAACUGUCGAUGAUGACAAUAAGGAAGAUCAAAUGGACAUAUCUGAUGAUGAAACUUCUGACGAAGAGUUAGAAGACUUGACUGUUGACACAGAAUUCGAGUUUUUUGAUCCGCAGAAACAAGAUUUUCAUGGAAUUAAAAGACUUCUUACUCAAUUAUUCUCAUCAGAUGCGAAACUAUUUGAUCUCUCAGAGCUGACUGAGAUAAUAUUAGAUCAACCAUUGCUUGGAAGCACAGUGAAGAUAGAUGGAGAGGGGGCCCAGGGAGACCCAUAUGCACUGUUUACAGUCUUGAAUCUCGGUGUCCAUAAGGAGAGAUCAAUAUUCAAACAACUUCGCAAAUAUCUUUUAGAAAAGUCCAAGGAAGAUGAGCAAGUACAGAAAAAAUUGGACGAAUUGCUUCAAUCUGAUAAUGCGGGAAUCGUUUUCAGUGAGAGAGUUAUUAAUAUGCCCGUCGGAAUUGUCCCGCCAAUGUAUAAAAUGUUAAUCGAAGAAAUCCAAUGGGCUGUCGACGAGAAUGAACCGUACAAGUUUGACUGGUAUUUAAUACUAUCGAGAACGUUCAAAGAAAUUGAAUCGACACUUGGAUCAGAGUCCAGUGGAAAUAAAAAGAAAAAGAAGAAAAAGCCCGAUACAUUAUCUUAUUUCCAUCCUGAAGAUGAGAUAAUUGAGCAGAAUUCAGAUUUCAUAUUCGAUUUCAAAUUUACUCAGCAGCAAGCCUCUUCAGAUUCAAAACGGACUUUUUAUGAUUUUGGGGUGUCAACAGCCAUGCGAUUAUUUAUUUUGCGAGGGGAUAAGCUUCAAGCGGUGGCUGAUGAAUUAGAGAAAGCUUGUCAAUGA